AUGUCCUGGGACCACCAAAGCUGGAUCUCCUCCGCCCACAGCGUCGCCAUCUCCUCCACCUACUUCUCAUCCUCCAAGCUCACCGUCGCAGUCCUAUUCAGCUGCUCCGAAGAGCAAAUCGCCCGAGUGGAAGACCUUCUCGCUUCCUCCCCCGAAGUCAAGUCCCACCCCCUGCUUACGGUAGGGCUUUUUGCGGAGUUGCACAAGGACAGGAUGCAGGAGAUUGUUAAGAAUGCUUUGUAUGAAUGCACUGCUGCUAUUACGGAGCUAAAACUGGACCGGGAUGCCCCGUCGGUAGUGAAGAGGGAUUUUAAGCUGAGUAGGAAGCUGAGGAAUUGUCGGCUGAAGACGAAGAUGGCGGAGGAGGAGGUGAGGACUACGAAGGGGUUGCUGGAGAAGAUGAUUACGCAGGUGGAGGAGGAGCAGCGGCUUACGAGGAGGUUUAAGCAGCGGUUUGAGGAGAUUGGGAUUGAGUUGGAUGCGCUGAUGGCGAGGUGCAGGAUAAUGUUUGAUGAUAUGACUUAUUCGGAGGAGUUGUUUAUGAACGAACUCCUCAGUGAUGAUGCCGAGCGAGCAAGAGACCAGGCAAAAAUGAGCACAGUAAUAGCAUUUGUGGCUAUGCUGUAUCUCCAGAUCACGGCUGUUGCGACCAUCUUCGCCAUGCCCGUCGUCGAAUUCCAAAACGACUGGCGAGACAUAUACUUCAAACAGGCUGAGCCAACGCCAGCAAACAGCCAGUUCUGUCCUCCUAUUUCUGGGUGUACCUGA